UUCAUUCACUUCUGCUCACUCGGGCGACAAGGAUUGUAGGCCAUAGGUGGGAACCAUAGAGCAAAAAGUUCACUUCACACCACAGUGUGCCAAGAGAAGGUGGAACGCAAAUACUCUGGAGCUCUUUCUGUGUGCUGACAGUCAACCAUGGGUGACUGGAGUUUCUUAGGUAACAUCCUUGAGGAAGUAAACGAGCAUUCAACGGUAAUCGGUAGGGUGUGGCUGACCGUCCUCUUCAUCUUCCGAAUCCUCAUCCUGGGCACCGCUGCAGGAGUCGUGUGGGGUGACGAACAGUCGGAUUAUGUGUGCAACACGCAGCAGCCAGGUUGCGAGAAUGUUUGCUAUGAUGAGGCCUUCCCCAUUUCACACAUUCGGCUUUGGGUACUCCAGAUCAUCUUUGUUUCCACACCCUCUUUGGUGUACGUGGGUCAUGCGGUCCACCAUGUACAUAUGGAGGAAAAACGCAAAGAACGGGAGGAGGCAGAGCUAAACAGGCUGCAAGAAAAUGAGGAAAGGCUGCCACUUGCACCCGAUCAGGGUAGUCUCCGUACACCCAAGGAGACAAGCACAAAGGGCAGCAAGAAGUUCCGUCUAGAGGGCACUCUGUUAAGGACCUAUAUCUGCCACAUUAUCUUCAAGACUCUCUUUGAAGUAGGCUUUGUGGUGGGUCAGUACUAUCUGUAUGGCUUCCGAAUCCUGCCACUCUACAAGUGCAGCCGCUGGCCAUGCCCAAAUACGGUUGAUUGUUUUGUCUCAAGACCUACGGAGAAAACUGUUUUCAUCAUCUUCAUGCUGGCUGUGGCCUGUGUCUCGCUUUUCCUCAACUUUGUGGAAAUUAGCCAUUUAGGUCUGAAAAAGAUCCACUUUGUGUUCCGUAAACCAGCCCGGCCACAAGUUGAGGGACCAGGGGUGCCCGAGAAGGCCUUGGCUUCCAUGGCAGACUCCUCUAUCCAGAAAGCUAAAGGCUACAAGCUAUUGGAAGAGGACAAAGCCACAUCGCACUUCUUCACCAUGACAGAGGUAGUAGGGACUUCUUACAAGUCAUUUGGGGAGAAAUCCAAUGAGGCAUCGGCACCCAAGAAAGACGUGUCGAAGGUGUAUGACGAAACGCUGCCCUCUUAUGCCCAGAUGACUGUGAUAAGGCCAAGUGUGACCGGAGUUCUAAGUAGGGACGAAGAAGAGGAUGAGUUGGCUGUGGAAGCGGACGUGGAAGCCAGUGAGACGAUAGAAGAUACACGACCGCUAAGCAGCCUAAGCAAGGCCAGCAGCCGUGCAAGGUCAGAUGACUUGACAGUAUGAAUAAUAUAGAACUGGAUUAGAAGUGCAGCAAUAUAAAGUGUAGUUAUACUGAAGAAAGUAAAAACUAGUGAGAGAAAGAGAUGUGCCUUUCGGCAACUGUGAUGACACUUAUAAUACCAGCUUAUUAAUUUGAAGAGGAAAAAGAUUUUUUAAAAUAAUGCUGUGCAAUUUUCAUGAGGAAACAUGAGAGCUUGAUACACUUUUUUUUUUAUACAGCAGUAUUUUUUGUACUGUUUUUACAAAUCAAACAGAUUUAAAACAUUAACAAACCAAAGGUAGAGAUCUGCAGUAGCUAAGUCUACAUAGGGAGGAGUGUCUCUGGAGAAUUUAUGUAGGAAAAUAUGUGCUGUUUUUUUAAUAAUAAGUUUUUCUAUCCAGAAUUUUACUUAUCUAAGGUGAGAUUCUGAUGUUUACAUUAUUUGAUUAGCCAUUAGCUAAGUGUUGUAUGCGAUAUUUCGUUAUUAUUAUUAUUCUGAUAAAAAAACUGUCAGGGCAUCAUUCUUUUCACCUCAAUAAGUUCAACCAUACAUGAUAAUUACUCAAUCAAUUUUAUUGUUUUUUAUGUAUAUGCUACUGCAACAUCUGUCAUGGAUAUGUGCAUGUGCGAACAUAAUGAAACAAAUGCUGAUAGUGUCAUUGCACAGUUGAUCAUCAUGGCAUACUAUGAUGAUCAACUGUUUCACUCACUUACAUUGAGAUAAAUUUCAUUAAAUGUAAGUUAAUGUAUUUAACGAUAAUUGUAAUAAUUGCAUUAGCAGUAGAAAAGAUUGUAGGCCACAUUCUUUCUAGUCUCACUGCGCAUGCAGCCAUUAUGAUAAAGAUCAUGCUCAAUCAGCACAAAGUAUUGUUCAACGAGAGACAAUAAAACAACAUUACAGGACGUGUCAUUACAGACGGUCAGACAUCCUUUACAGUGUUGGAAAAAACACGUUCACACUUUUGCCCUCCAUGACACUAGUUUUUAAAAAAGGCCACUAUAAAACAUUUCAGAGGAUAAGAAUAAAAGUGAUCCACCACUGAUUUAACUUAAAAUAAAAGGUAGGCCUUAGACAUUAGUGUGAUACAUAGCAAAAAAAACAACAAAAAAAAGUUUCUAAAUGAUAUGAUUCUAAAUGUCAUGUAAGUUUCAUUUGAAAAGAAAAGUACUACUUUUUGCCUCUUUUGUUUUACAUGAGUGGGGAAAAUUCUGACCAAUCAAAAUGUCUAUUUGUCUGUCCUUUAUUUCUGAAUUAUUUCACAGUUCUACCAAAGUCAUAAGAAAAAAAUUUAAUGAAAUGUUUAAAAACAAAUGUCAAAAGAGUUCAUACUGCCUGUUUUUUUUUUUUUUUUUGCUUUUCAAAUUUAUUUAUUUUUAUUAAAUUUUUUGUUUUUAUGCUCAUGGUUUAAUAUUCAAUAUUUGUUUUAUGUUGCUGAUAAACCUUUCAAGCAGUGCAAAGAAUUGAAUGACAAAAAAUUCAAAACUUUUUGUUUGUUUGCACAUCACUAUUCCUUUCAUGUAUUCAUCCACUUUUUGGUGGUUAUGUGUUGUGUAUGAAUAAUGUAUUACUUAAUGCCAAAAACACACAUGAUGCUUUUGGCAGACUUAAAUAGAACAUAAAGGCCAUAAAGUAGGUCAAGAGAAGCUUUCUUUCAUUACCUGUGAAAUUCAAAAAAACAGACAACCAGCUGUGCAGUGAUGCAACUGUGAAGUUUUCCAGCUGAUAUGCAAAGAAGUGACAGACAGCUGAUUCUAUAUUUUGCAUUGGAUAAAAAGGGUUAAGAUGAAAGAUUUGGGGGUGGGGAUGCAAAAAUGACAUCUCAUUAAUGAUUAUUGGUUCUUGAGUUUUGGCAAAUUUGGUAAAGUCAUUUUUAAUUAAUUUGUUUAAGGUCUUCUGUUGCUUUUAUAUUAUUUUACUAUUUUUUUUUUACAUUUCUUAAACACAAAACAUCCUUUUUACUAACUUGUAUUACUGAUAAAUGAUCAUAAGUUAAAACCUGUGGAAAUAGCCAAUAAAAGUUCAU